AUGAACCCGUACUACCUCACGGGCGACGGGCUCGGCUACCCGGCCUUCACUAACGGCGGGUACAGCUCUGCGGGGUCCAACACGAGUUCGCCCGCCGGCGUCGCCGGGCCCAGCGCGAGCGGAUCCACCUCUGCAAGCGGCACGGCUCCUGCCACGGGCACUGCGUCUGCCCCCUCGGGCCCUUCCGGUGGUACAGGCGCGGCAUCUGGCUCGACGACCGGCAACGGCGGCCUCCUCACCGGCCCCCUCGUCCACCCGCACCAGGACCUGAACGAGUUUCUCGAGUCGUUCUGGACCCGCCAGAUGGCCGGCGUCGAGCACGAGACACCCGACUUUAAAACGUACAACUUGCCCCUGGCGCGUAUCAAGAAGGUCAUGAAGAGCGACGAAGAGGUCAAGAUGAUCAGUGCCGAGGCUCCUAUCAUGUUCUCCAAGGCAUGCGAGAUCUUCAUCUCGGAACUCACCUGCCGCGCAUGGCUCGUCGCCGAGGGCCACAAGCGCCGCACACUGCAAAAGUCGGACGUUGCCGCCGCCAUUGCCUUUUCGGACGUGUUCGACUUUUUGAUCGACAUUGUGCCGCGCGACGACGGCGGGAGCGGGGCCGGCACGAGCGGCGGCGGCGGCGGUGGUGGUGGCAACGGCGCUGCGGGAAGCGGUAACGGCGACGCACCCGCUGUCCCUGCCGCGACUGCCAGUGCGGCGGUGGACGACCACGUCGAUGGCCACCACGGCGGCGCCACACAAGGCGACGAGUGGACCGCGGAUGGCGAGUACGACGACCACGAUGUGUAUGACGGUGGAUACGAGGAGGACGGACGGGACGGCGAGGCGCUCUACUCCGAAAAACCAUGUAUCGAUUGUGCUUUGGCCAAAACAGGUCCUGCUGCUCGUUCCACCUCGUCUUGCGCAUCAUUGGCAUCUCAAGAAAACUUUGCUGUAUGCCAUUCUCGCAGUCCAGCCUAG